UCGGAAACACAAGGGCGAACAACAAACGACACUUCCGCCUCACUUCCGCUCGUGCCCGACUGCGCGCUCCGGUUAGCGUGCAUUAGCGUAGCAUUGCUAAGAGAUGCUAACGUGAAGUCUGUCAAAUGGGGGGAAAUGAUUUUAGAGAAUUCAUCGUUGCUUUAUAAUUGAUCGGACACUACUUUAUUGUUUAAACCUACAGUCAAUGUUUUUUUGCUUUGUUUUUUCUGAGAAACCUUGUGGCAAGCUAUUUAGUACGUCCAAAUAAAGCUUACGCCGGUGACGUAAAACAUCUCUCUAAACAAAUGUAUUACGGUGCAAAAUAUUCUUUGCUCCAAUCGCUAAACCUCGUUUAAAAUGCAGCUUCAUUAUCCUCGGGUCAAGUUUUUCAGUCAAAUGUACAUUUGUGCAUUGAAAAUAUGUGCCGUUGGAAAAAAAUAAACCAAAAGUGCGAGUAUCUUUUAACACUGUCAAAUAAAACUUUGAUUUACUCGGCUAUGGACAGUGAUAUUUGCACGAUGACAAUUUCGCAUUGAAGUCUUGUGUCGCUGCCUUCCCAGGCGGAACCAAUAUUCCGCCGUGCGUUUUACCCGGAUCACCGUUGUCCGCCAACAUGGCAACCUGCGCGCUCACUGUAUGGAAAGUUGUAGCAGGAUGUCGGAGGCAGCUUCUGAGUGGCGGCGCUCCCACCUACACAGCCUUUCCCUCCUGCAGCAUCCCCGCCAGGACCUUUGCUGCAGCCGCCGCCAUCAAGACACGAAAAAGGGGGAAGAAAGAGGACAAGGAGCCAGAGGUGAAGAAGGAGCCGAGGGUCAUCGAUGACAAAGACCGACACAAGCCCUUUGGGAAGACGGCGUGGGCGCCUGUGGACGACGUCUACAUCCUGAGGUACUACCCGAGGACCGUGUACAGCGUCGCCGACGCCGUCGACCUGCUGAAGAGCUACCAGGUGUUGGACUUCACCGCCCACAAUCAGCCUGUCUACGUGGACCUGAAGCUCGACAUGAAGCUGGAGAAGAAGAAAAAAGUUGACCCCUUCGUCAGCACGGUGCAUCUUCCACACCCCUUCAAGACGGAGAUGAACAAAGUUGUGGUGUUUACUGAGGAUGUUAAUCAAGCUAACGUGGCUAAGGAGGGCGGAGCCUCCUUUGUCGGAGGAGCGGAGCUCAUUCAGCCGAUCUUGGAUGACGAGAUCGUUGCCGACUUCUACGUCUCCGUGCCUGAAAUGCUGGCCAAGCUCACGCCGCUCAAAAACAAGCUGAGAAAGAAGUUUCCAAAGAGCAACAGAGGCUCGGUCGGCAUCAACGUUCCCAAAAUGCUGGAGCUCUUCAAGACGGGCCACGAGUACGCCGUGGAGAGCGAGUGCUACGUCAGGACGCAGAUUGCCACGCUGGACCUUCCCAAAGAACACAUCCUCGCCAACCUGCAGACCAUCCUCAUGGACGUGUGCUCGCAUCGGCCCGCCAAUAUGGGCCCCUUUGUCAAGCGCGCCAUCAUCACCAGUCACACCAGUGAGGCUCUGUGGUUCAACAGUGAUGACCUUCUGCCCAAACUGGCUGAAGAAUAACCCUCUCUGUGUGUAUUUGUUGUACUUAGUAAUAAAGUUCUUUGUUUUUUUAA